AUGGAUUUAAGUGUGCUACUAAGUUGGCAUCUCAAUCCCACCAUUUUACUGUCGAAACAGUUAAAUGAAACCGUCUCUUCUAUUUCAACGUCUUCUUCUCUCGCACUUCCCGACAGUGGAACUCCCUUCCUCUUACUUGUCUUUUCUCUUACUUUCACUCUCUUUAAUCCCUUGCGUCCUAGUGGCACUCCCGCCCUUUCCUUGGCCUUAAAUUUGUUAAUCUUUCUUUUCUUAUCUUUAUCUUUAUAUAUCUAUUUCACACUCUUCAUAUCUAUCUAUCUAUCUAUCUAUCUAUCUAUCUAUCUAUCUAUCUAUCUAUCUAUCUGUACCAGUCUGUUCAUAUCUAUCAAUCUCAGUCUGUUCAUAUCUAUCUAUCUAUCUAUCUAUCUAUCUAUCUAUCUAUCUAUUUAUCUAUCUAUCUUUUACAGUGUGUUCAUAUCUAUCUAUCUAUAG